AUGGCCGAGAUGGACGCUAUAGAAACUUCGGAGCAAUGUGAAAUUAAGUUAGAGUGUACGCACAAUUCUCAUCCAUUCCAGAACCGUACUGUGACGAUUAAUUCCGGACAUGAAGUACUGGUUGGUCGAUGCCAUAAAGAUAAACGCAACCGAAACGAGGAAGAAUCUAAUCUUAUAUUCGAUAACCGUAUCCUUUCUCGCAGCCAUGCUACACUAUUCUAUCAGAACGGGAAACUGUAUCUGAAGGAUCUCUGUAGUGCGAAUGGAACGUACGUAAAUGGGGAAAACAUUGGUCCCGAAAGAGCUGAUAUGAGCGAUCCUAAAGGACGAGAAUUAAAAACGGGUGAUAUUUUACGAUUCGGAAAGCUUCGUUCCAUUACCAAACCUAGAGGCAUAGUUGGCCCGAUUGAAGCAAAGCUUACGAUCAAAUAUUCCGCAUCAUCUGACAUUAGCACGUCAGAACAGCCCAAAGAAAAUAUGAUCAGUCCAUCGAACUACACACCUUACGAAGGACGACAGUUGGACCAAACUAAGGUAAUGGAGAAACUGCCCAAGGACCCUUCUUCGACUGCCAACAAGGAAUUGGAAAUGAUUGCUCAGACCAAAUCUGUAAAUAUCAGCGAACGCGGAACGGAAACGGAGCGAGUACCUUCCAGUACCAUAUCGACGCAAGUUUUGCCAGACGAGCUAGAAAAAAAGAUUGAGUGCGAUAACUGCGCAACUUUAUCUUCUGAGUUUUAUAAGUAUCGAAAGCGAGCAUUGUUUACUUUUGUGAUUUGCUUGCUAAUUAUCACACUUUACCAGCAAUAUUUAAACUUUUUUUAA